AUGUUACAUAGAUUAACAGUAUUAAUACUGAUAUUAUCAGUAUUGAUAAUAGUUAAUAUUGGUAUGGCAACUCCAAUACCAGCAGAUGUUAGAUUUAAAGCAUUAUCACUUUCCCAAUUAAAAUCAACCUUAUAUACUAUUCCAACUGUUUCAUUAAAUGAAGGAAUUGAUGAAUUAGAAGUAUUACAAAAGGAAGCUGAUUUUGAUGAAGAGAAGAGAAUAUCAUUUAAUAAGAUGAUUAUAAAUCGAAUUAAUCAAAAUAUUAUAGCUGAUAGAGUUCCAAGUGGUGAACCCAUGAGAUGA